CCUCCUGCUUUUGACACAGCAGUGGUAGGAAUGACCAGGUGGAAUUUGUGCCAUGGCUCCUCUGCGAGCUACCUGGAAAAACUGAUGGCAGCGGGCGUCUGCAGAAGAAGAAGCAGCAGCAGCAUGCCGAUGGUUAGACAGGCGUUCACGGAGAACAGCAGCAUCAUCAAACCUUACAGUGAGAUUCCCGGGUUAUGGAAAAAUGGCAUCGCCAACUUGUACAAUUUCUGGAAGCUGGAUGGCUUCAGAAACCUUCACCGAAUCAUGCUGCAGAAUUUUAAUACUUUUGGACCCAUUUACAGAGAAAAAGUAGGAUAUUACGAAAGUGUGAAUAUCAUCAACCCAGAAGAUGCAGCUAUCCUGUUCAAAGCAGAAGGUUCAUACCCGAAAAGACUGAAAGUGGAAGCCUGGACCUCAUACAGAGACUACAGGAAUCGGAAAUAUGGAGUUUUACUGAAGAACGGGCCAGAGUGGAGGUCAAACCGGGUCAUCCUCAAUAAGGAGGUGAUCUCCCCGAAGAUGCAGGGGAACUUUGUGCCCUUGCUGGACGAAGUGGGUCAUGACUUUGUGGCCAGAGUUCACAAGAAGAUAGAACGAAGCGGACAGAACAAAUGGACCACGGACCUCUCCCAAGAGCUCUUCAAAUAUGCUCUGGAGUCGGUGAGUACAGUUCUAUACGGGGAGCGUCUGGGCCUGAUGCUGGACUACAUCGAUCCGGAGGUUCAACGUUUCAUUGACUCCAUCACCCUCAUGUUCAAGACAACCUCACCCAUGUUGUACAUACCUCCGGCUCUACUCAGGCCGAUCCGAGCCAAAGUGUGGCUGGACCACGUUCAUGCUUGGGAUGGAAUCUUUAACCAAGCUGACCGCUGCAUCCAGAACAUCUACAGGCAGUUACGCCAGGAGACUGGUCAUAGCAAAAAAUACCCAGGAGUUCUGGCCAGCCUUCUCAUGCUGGACAAGCUGUCCAUUGAAGACAUCAAGGCCAGUGUCACUGAGCUCAUGGCUGGGGGAGUUGAUACGACUUCCAUCACAUUGCUAUGGACAUUGUAUGAGCUGGCCAGACAUCCAAACCUUCAGGAGGAGCUGAGGGCUGAGGUGUUGUCUGCCAGGGCACAAAGCCAAGGGGACAUGGUGGAAAUGCUGAAGAAUAUUCCUUUGGUCAAAGGAGCUCUGAAGGAAACACUAAGGUUGCAUCCAGUGGCAGUGAGCUUGCAAAGAUACACAGCGGAGGACAUCAUUAUUCAGAAAUACCACAUUCCAGCCGGGACCUUGGUGCAGUUAGGGCUCUACGCGAUGGGGAGAGACCCCAAGGUGUUUCAUCGUCCGGAGCAAUAUCAACCCUCUCGCUGGCUGAGGAGCGAGAGCCAAUACUUCCGCAGCCUGAGCUUCGGCUUCGGCCCUCGCCAAUGUAUAGGACGCAGAAUAGCCGAGACGGAGAUGCAGAUCUUUCUCAUCCAUAUGCUUGAGAACUUCCGAGUGGAGAAAGAGCGACACGUGACUGUGCAGAGCACAUUUGAGCUCAUUCUCCUACCAGACAAGCCCAUCGUAUUAACUCUGAAGCCCCUGCACAGUAGUCGAUAACGUACUUGUUCAUAAUUAGCACUUCUAUAAACGCAUUUAAAAAUGAACUCAGGAAUUUAACAAGUGACCAUAUGUACCAUAUGUACUGUGAGAAUUAAAAACAAACAGAAACUUCAUUUCAUGGAUGCACUGCACACACAUGGAAUAUUAUUUUCAUAAUAUGGAUUCUUGCAUCUCAUUUUCUGUACUAUUUUGGUUAUAUUUGAGUUACCAGUGAUGUUGAGUUGCGUGUUUCAAAUAUUUUUCCCCUUUUAUGCAGCUAAAAACGGUAUCCAAAAUAUUAGAAACAGCUUUAAUGU